GGAGUCACUCCGCAUCCGCGGGCGCCCUGCCACCAUGGUUUUUAAUUUGGCUACCGUUCCCGAGUCCUUGUCCCGCCUGAUAAUCACCCCCAAACAACUCAGGAGGCCCUCGGUCAGGCGGGACCUGGGCUCUGAGUUAGAGGCUGUUGCCAAGGCGACCGCCCUCGCGAGCUUGGACUUCCGGCGCGAUCGGUUAGACAGCGGGCCAGACCUCGGCUUCCGGUGCUACCCCCCGCAGAUUUGCUUCCUCCGGCCCCUGCGGCCUGCGACCCCGCAGACGCGGUUCAGGUGUAGCUUGGUCCGCAGGGCGGGCGCCGAGGGAGCCCCCGACCCACGCCCGGGAUCCCAAGCUUCUGACAAGACCAAGAGAAAGAUGAGCCACUUACAUGAUUAUCUGAAGAAAAAGUUCAUGACAGACCAGCUGAGAAAGAUGCUGCGUUGGAGACGGGAAUCCCUGAGCACGCAGCAGUACUUGGACAGCCAACGGAUCUUGAAACUCCAGGCUAAGGUGGCAAGACAGCCACCAUAA